CAGCCCAGGCAAAGGCUGCAGAGGGCAAGGGGCCUCCCUCCACCCCGAGCGCUGCCGCCGACGGCGUUUAUAGAUCUAGUCAGGCUGCGGGCUGAGCUCUGGGGCUGCCGGGCGCUAUGGACCAAGCUGGGAAGCGGUCGGGGCCGGCCGCUCGGCUGGACGUCAUCCUCCGGCCCCUCUCCCCCCGGGGGGGGGGGGCGCCCCCCGCUCCCACCAUCAUUCCUACUUCAGCACAAGUUAGUGCUGUUACUCAGCCAGGGAGGUUUCGCUACACCCUGGACAACGAUGUUCUAACCACAGAGCAAAGGCAGUUCUACGAAGAAAACGGUUAUCUUGUCAUCAAGAAGCUAGUUUCUGAUGAAGACAUUGAACGCUUCAGGAAGGAAUUCGUAAGGAUCUGUAACAAGGAGGUAAAUCUACUGGGAGCUAUGAUCAUGAAAGACGAGAUGCUGAGGUCCCAAAAUGUUCAGUCUGAAAAAAUGGUCAAUAAAGUACAGGACUUCCAGGAAGAUGAAGAGUUGUUCAGAUACUGUUCUCUGCCGCAGGUCCUCAGAUACGUUGAGUGCUUCACAGGGCCAAACAUAAUGGCAAUGCACACCAUGCUGAUAAAUAAACUUCCAGAUUCUGAUAAACAGACUUUUCGCCAUCCCAUGCAUCAGGACUUGUACUACUUCCCUUUCCGGCCUGCGGACCGCAUCGUGUGCUCCUGGACCGCCAUGGAGAGGGCCGAUAGGAACAACGGGUGUCUGGUCGUGCUGCCAGGGACACACAAAGAGUCCCUGAAGCCUCAUGGCUACCCAAAGUGGGAGGGCAUAGUAAACAAAUUGUUUCAUGGAAUUCUUGAUUACGAUGAGAACAGUCCCAGGGUUCACGUUGUCAUGGAAAAGGGAGACACGGUGUUCUUCCAUCCUCUGCUCAUUCAUGGCUCUGGAGUAAACAAGACGUCAGGUUUCCGAAAGAGUAUAAGUUGUCACUUUGCCAGCUCAGAGUGCUACUACAUUGAUGUCAAGAACACUGUCCAAGAAGACCUUGAGAAAGAAACGGUAGAAGUGGCACGCAGCAAAUUUAACAUAUCUUCUGUGGACCUCAAGGAUAUUUGGAGCUUCCGAGCACGGCUCGUGCAAGGGGCAAGAGUGAAUCUUUAGAACAACCUCCAAAGACUGGGAUGGAAAACAUGUGCCUGAGUAUCACCUUCUGUGAUCGGAGAGUGCAGGCCCUGCCUAAGCAGUCAGGAUUAUGUGCUUCGUUGACCUCUGUAUUGGUAACCUAACGAAAGACAGCAUUGCAAAUUUAUUUUAUGCUAAUACAAAAUAACUGCGCUGAGGUUUAACAGCUGGCAUACUUCAAGGAAAAUCUAACCUACAAAAACAGAGAUUUGCUGUAGUUAGUUAUUUUAAGCAAUCAAAGAAUUAUGGUCUUGAAAGAUCACGUUCACUUUUUGAUGUUUUCAUUCUUCUUUAUUGAAGGUCUCUCUUUUGGCAUACUUUUGGACUGAUGCUAUAUUAAUACAAGAUUUUACGCAAGUUUCUGGAUUUUAGGGUUUCCAACUUCCUUUUCUACACAAAGGAAAUACAAUGAAUCAGAAUUUCAUGCAAGCCUUUAGAACGAUCUCAUGGGGAAAGCCACUAGUGCAGCUGAUGAAGGUGGUGCUACUGGGAGCAGAAGAAGCAAGAGUGCAAGCAACUACAUGAUGGGUAGACAAAUGGGCUUCAUGGUCUAGAACACGAUCCAUGGACACAGUUCCUCAAGCCGGAGCUGGUGUGGUAUGCUGUCUUAGUGAGCAGCACUGCAGUAGCGGAACGUGUGGUUGAUAGGGUUGGGGAACGACUGGGCCUGCAAACCAGCCUCCCAUCAGCCUUUGAUAUUUAAGGCUAUUUGAAAUGAGGGAGGCCUCCCGUGAGACUGGCGUGCUUGGGAAAAGGUGCCUUUGGCGGUUGCUGGGUGGGUGAAGGUUCAGCGCUCCUCCGGAUGCUCCGACGGCCAGGUCGAGCCAUGUGCACUGAAACGAUUCUCUCUGCUGCGGCAAUUUUUUGCUGUCAGAAUCGACUUUUGAAAUCCAGAUUAAAUUAGUGCAAAGCCA